AUGUUUAUCCGCCUUGGGCAGCCCUCCGACAGCACUCCUCAAUACACUCCCUCCGGCAGUGGCGCUGAUUUCCAGCAACCAUUGCUGGUCAACCACAUUGCCCAAUCAAACACGCCGACGCCCUCUACUGCACCGAGCCGCGAAGGGUCCUCCGGCUUGCUCUCCUUCCAAGCGGCCAUCCUCGCAGACAACCGCACGCGUGUCACGGCCCACUUCCACGGUCGCCGCGUCGUCUGGGACUCGUCACUGGCCCCGUGGAUGCACGCGCGCGCACUCGGGUACCUCGGCACGCUGCAGCACAUGUCUCGGCUCAUCGAGCGGCUCAGCAAGGGCGAGCCCAUCAAGGUGGUUGCACUCGGGGGAUCGGUCACGCAUGGACACGGGCUCCGGAGAAUGCCCCGUGAUUUCAAAGGCUCGUGGUCCCGAGUCGUCUUCGACUGGAUCGCCCAGACGUGGCCGAAUGCCAAGCACACAUACAUCAACGGGGCAGUGCCUGCGACCGGGAUCGAGUUCUUCUCCCACUGCCUGUCCCACCAGAGCCCUGCGGAUGUGGACCUGAUCAUGCUGGAGUUCAGCGUGAACAGCCAACCCAACGAGAGGUCCAACAUAGUGCACCUGGAGCUGCUCACACGACGGAUACACGCCAUGCGCCCUCACAACCCCGCCGCCAUCGUGACAGUGCAUUACUUUGGCUGCUGGACUGGGACGGAGCGAUGCAAGGAGCUCUCCUGGCUCGCAUCGCCACAGCGGAAUUUCGAUCUCGUGGCGCAGUAUUACGACUUCCCCUCUGUGUCAAUGAGGAACGCCUUGGAUGUGGAGCAGCAGAGCAGGGAUCAUGAUCGCACCACUCACUUUGGACUCAGCAACUUCAGCAAAGACCACAAUCACCCCAACAAUUUGGGUCACCAGAUGAUGGGCGAUGUGGUGAUCUAUCUGCUGUUGCUCGCAGCGGCUCGCUUGGACGAACAUGACUCUGCUCUACCGCCCUGGCCGCCAAGCCUCCCGAUAGCCAUGGUGCAGGAGAAUCAGGGAGAGCUUGAGUUCAUGUGCAGCUUUGGGCAACAGCUUGCUCCAUACAUCACAGCAAAUUCGGGCUUUGAGUUUGUCGAGUUCGAUCCCGCACAAACCAACCGGCAGAGCAAGAAGCCCGGCUACUUGAGCCUGACAUCCGGCAGUAGCAUCGAUAUCAGCAUGCGAGCAGACCUUGUCCACAAAUCGUUGACGCUAAAUUACCUCAAGUCGUACGAUGUGCGGAUGGGACGUGGGGUCCUCACCUGUCAUGGCGGCUGCAGUUGCCGACCGCACAAACUGGGUGCAAUGUUUGAUGGGAAGGACCCACUCCGGAUGUCCAUCAUGUGGGCGCAUACAAUCAUCUUGGACUCGACGAAACCUACUUCACCGCAACAGACACAAGCUUCGCGAAAGGGCAACUGCACCAUCCGCAUCGUCACAUCGCCAACGGAAACGGAUCAAGCAGGGGCGCAGCAACAAACCAAGUUCAAGUUACUAGGGAUGAUUGUCAAUCGGCCAGCGUCUAGAGCAUUAUUUGAGAAUGGGAUCCGCGGCUUAUGGACAAGUGAUGGCUUUUUGUGA